UGGGGGAAUAUCUAUCCUGACACCAGUUUCAAUACACAGCAGACCGUCAUUGACACUGAAUCGCAGUCAUGGCGAAUCCUGUCUGCCAGUCGGAUCUGUCAGACAAAAAGAAAAGGCAAGGUCUGACGCCAGACGUGAAGGGCUGGGGCAUAGGACGGUUAAACGAGUGGUCAGCUUUUACUAGCGCCAAGGAGAUGUUAGAUCAAUCUGCAAGAGAACUACGCAUAACUGUUGAAGAACUUGAGAAAAGAUAUGAAGCAAUUGAAAGUGAAGACCCUAUACGAAUAGCCAAGAUGAAUGAUGAGAUAUUAAAGGAGAGCAAUGAGUGGAAGACAAGGUUUGAGACGCAAGAGGAGAUGAACCAGCAACUAGAGAGGCAAAUUAUCAUGCUUCAAGAUAAAAUAGAAGAAGCCAAACGUAACCUUAAGGAUGCCGAUUUGGUACAACUGUAUCAGUCAAAGAAAAUUGAAGUAUUAAGUGAAGACCAAGCCAAGAACUAUGUAGCAGGUAGGACAAAUAGUCCCCCAGAUACAAGGACGGGUACUCCAAAGUCUAAGUCUACUGGAAUUACUAUAAAUAUAUCAGUUUCCCCGCAAGCAGGAAAAACUCCAAGAGACAUGAAAUCGUUUGAUGAUCUUUCGGAUUAUAUUCACCAUCUUAAAAGAAUUCUGGACAUUGAAGCUAAGGCAAACCCAGCAAUGGUGAAAACUAUGGAAAAAGAGAAGAACAUGUUGUUUAACCAGCUUCGGGAUCUUGAAUGGCGCUUAGACCAAGAGUCCAAGGCAUACCACAAGGCAAAUGACGAAAGAAAGCAGUAUGUUGUAGAAAUUAAUUCCACUAAAGGAAAUAUAGACGGUAAUAAGGCACGGCAGCGGGCAGCCGUUAAUCUGCAGCAACGUGAAGUUGAAGAAUAUUCAAGAUCACCAAGACUUCUUGGAAAUGAAGAAUUUCUUGCUCAGUUUUUCGGCAAAAAGGAGGACGUAAAGUCCGCAUUCACAAGAAAAUCGGGCAAAACCAUCAGAAGUCUGAAAGCUAAAUAGAAUGUCACUAUGGAGUCUGAAUUUUCUACACUCACUUUUUCAAUAUACCAGAGGACCAACGAAUAAUCGAUCCAAAGAAGGGUCCAAUAAAAAAGACAGCGGCCGUGAAAAACUUGCCCAGUCUUGAAACAACUUGACUUUCAGAGAUUAUAUUCCAUUUAUGGGCGUCUUUCGAGUUUAUGACAAACAUACAAUAUACCCAGUUAUGUUACGGUGUACUUAAUUUAAAAAAAAAAGAAAGAAAUUGUGAAACUGAAAUCGGGUCUUUGUUCAGCAGUUAGAUGUUUAAACAAAGGAAUAUUUUUAGUGUAAAGACACAUUUUGCGUUGCAAGAUUUGUGAUAUGUAGAAAUGACCAUUGCUUAAUAAGAAUUUUGAUAAGCUGUUUAUUCUAAAGAAAAUUUAGUGAUAACUUUUAUUAUACAUACCUAGUUUUACUGUUUCAUAUACGCUAUUUUAUUUGUUAAUCAUUUUGUAUCAGUUAUACUUAAUGUUUGUAAACAAGUGCCUUUUGUUGGUUCCUGUUAAUGAAGUAACGUUUUGUCAAGUGCUGUGUUUCCUUGUAACUAUGUCUUCUUCUGAUCAUGUUGUUUUCUUUUAUUUUAUCAGAAGCACAUAAAGCUAAAUUGUUACUAUUCGAAGAAUAAGUAGAGCUAUCCUACUCACCAAGGGUGUCCAUCACACUUUGGUAAAGUUUUUCGUACCAGUCCACAUUUUGACAAAACACUUGUGUACCAUCACCGUGUCCAGUUUUAAGCAAGAGUACUUAACCCCAUCAAGGAUUUUGUCUGAAUAAUUGCCCCUUUUAACUUACAAAUCUUGGUUAAGUUUUUCACACCAGUUCAUAUUUUUGCAAAAUGUUUGACAUAUGGCUUUGAAACUUUUAUCACUUAUUUAUUAUAACAGUCUUUAUCUGAAGGCAAGAGCUCAUUACUCUGUCAACCGUUUUGGCUGAAUUAUGGCCCUUUUUGUACUUGGAAAUUGGUACAGUUUUCGAACAAGUCCACGUUUUGUCAAAACUAUUUGACAUGUGACUUUUAAACUGAACACUUGUUAAUCAUUUGAUCUUCAUCUGUAGGCAAGAGUACAUAACUCUUGUCAACUAUUUUGGCUGAAUUAUUGCCCUUUUUGGACUUUGAAAUGGGCUCAGUUGCCGAACAAGUCCACGUUUUGUCAAAACUUAUUGUUAUUGUCAUCACUUGGUCGACGUCGGCGUCGGCGUUGGCGUUGCCUGAUUAAGUUUUAUGUUUAGGUCAGCUUUUCUCCUAAACUAUCAAAGCUAUUGCUUUAAAACUUGCAACACUUGUUUACCAUUAACAGCUGACUCUGUACAGCAAGCAACAUAACUCCAUCCUGCUUUUUGCAUGAGUUAUGGCCCCUUUUGGACUUAGAAACCAGAUUUCUUGGUUAAGUUUUGUGUUUAGGCUAGCGUUUCUCCUCAACUAUCAAAGCUCUUGCUUUAAAACUUGCAAGACUUGUUCACCAUGAAAAGCUGAUUCUGCACAGCAAGAAACAUAACUCCAUCCCGCUUUUUGCAAGAAUUAGACCCCUUUUGGACUUAGAAAAUGUCAGAUUUUUUGGUUAAGUUUUGCAUUUAGGUCAACAUUCCUCUUUAACGGUUAAAGCUAUUGAUUCAAAACUUGGAGCAGUUAUUCGCCAUUAAAAGCUGACUCUGCACAGGAAGUAUCGUAACACUAUAGUGCUUUUUGCAAGAAUUAGAGCCCCUUAGAAAAUCAUGGGUAGGGCAGUAUUUCUGUUAUACAGAGACAAAAAAAAUCAGAUGAGCGUCUGCACCCGCACGGCGGUGCUCAAUUUAAUUGGAAAUUGGUUCGGUUUUCAUAUAAGUCAACGUUUUGUCAAAACUGUUUGACGUGUAGCUUUGAAACUUUGAACACUUGUUUAUCGUCAUGAUCUCCAUCUGUAGGCAAAAGUACAUAAUUUUGUCAACUAUUUUGGCUGAAUUAUGAUCCUUUUUGGACUUGAAAAUCAGUUAAAUUUUUCAUGCCAGUCCAUAUUAGUCCAUAACCUGUUUGUCAUAUCGCUUUGAAACUUUGACCACUUGUUAACCAUCAUAGCCUAUAACUAGGACAAGGACUUCAGCUCAGUUAUGGCCAUUUUUUUGACAUAGAAAUAACUUAAGGUUCGCCUAUCAUUCCAUAUUUGAUAUAUAGCUUUGAAACUUUGAACACUUGCUAUCACGGUCACACAUUGCCAUGAAGUGCAAGACUUAUACAGGCCCACAAAUACAGGUACAUUGUCUGAACAUUUCUGGUAAUAUGAUAUUUUGACACCCCAUACUUCCAUCAAUUCUUCGAAUAGUCGAACGCGCUGUCAACAGACAGCUCUUGUCCAGUUUCCUAACUGUUUUUAUACGAGAGCUGCUCAAAACGUAACGUAGAUUUUGCUGUCGAAAGCAACGUGAAAUGCAAUUAUGAAGAAUAACAUUGACAUAUCAUUCGCAAUUUGUGUAAUUUCUUCAUACCAUUUUUGUAACAUUUUCCUUCAAAUGUGACGCGCAUAGAAUGUUUGCUUAGGCAACGCAUAAUUGACGCUGUCGCAUUUUUAUCUGUGACGAUUUGAAUUUGCCUGCUAAUAUUCUCACUGAUAGUCAAAAGAUUUUCUAGAAAUUAAGACAAAUUAUAGUUAGACAUCUGUUUGACGUGCAAUGAAAAUAUGUCGUCAUUCGGAUGUUUGAUGCGGAAGAAAUUUACGAUAUAACGAGGUAUGUAUUGCUGUUUGUUACGCAUGUUAUGUCGUCAUCGGGUCGCUUAUAAAAUCAGGUAGUUGCAAACUUCGGUAGAGAUUUUAGUAAACACGUACUGAAUUAUAUGUAUUGAUAAAGUGAUGUUCCGUCAUCCGUGCCUCAGUCUUGGUGGUAUAAACGAUUCGCAGAUUUAAGGCAGCAAAGGUUGAGGGACAAAUUUUUUUAAAAAAUCAGUGAAUCGACAUUAGUAUCAAUCCUUACGGUUCGCUUCCUGUCUUAGAAAUUGUUCAUAAGUUUUGGUACAUCUUACAGUAUUCUAAACGAGCAUCUAGUUAUAAUUUGUAUAUUUUUAUUUUUAUUUUUAUUGAAUACAAAAUGAAUGAAAUCAUCCUGCUGAAGCCACGACGUCGAUAACGUAGUUUAGAUAUGAUCACCAUGCGCUGGCUUUGCGUUGGUGACUGUUUUUAACAUGGCACAUCACUGCUAACAAUAUGAUUAUAUAAAUUUUAAAGAUUGAAAACAAUUCCAUGUACAUGUAAUUCUUGUUUUCCCUCAUUCAAGUUUAUAAAGGCUGGAUACAAAGUCAACGUUAUUUUUUAUCAGUACUUGUAUAUGAGUUUUACAUUUCUUUUGUCCGCAGAACAGUUUAAGUGAUGUUCCGCGUUAAGGUAUUUGGUCCACAAAUAAGCAAGUUCUAUCAAAAAAUAUCAAAUAUUGAUCUGUAGUAAGCUCAUAUAAUUUUGGUAUCAUGUGAAGGUGUAUUGACUAGUGAAAAGGAAGUAUAAAUUACAUGACAAAUAUUUUAUAGAUGUUUUUACUAUUUUCAGUCAUUAUGACACAUUCAACAGAAUUCCAGUUAUUACAGUGUAAGAGUGAUAAUUUCGCAGUCAAAACACAUGAAUGUAGUGAUUCGUGCAUAUUAUUAUGGUCAUCUUAGUAACUAAUUCUUCUUCAGCAGAUAUAACCCUUUAAAAAGAUUUUUAAAAAACAUGAGGUCAACAGGCAUCGAAAUAGUCAUUACUAUUGAUUCUUACUAAGGUGAAUAAUUAUGUAAUUUAAUUUUACCUCAAUAAAUUAUAAUGUAAUACGUCUGGUGUUGCCUUUAUCGAUGUACAUUAAAGUACGAAGAAUCGUGUAUUCUGGCAUAUAGAAUAAUUUGUAUGAUGAGUAUACAUCGUUCAUUGAUUAGAUACAUCAGUAAAUUCUCACUAGAAUGAAAUCAGCAAUAUCAACUAAAAUUGUCAUUAACAUAAUUAUUAUUAUACGUGUCGUCGCAAUUUGUACAAUGGACCAUGACAAAAUCUGUGGAAAAGGGGGCACGCUAUCCUUGUUUUGUUAUAUUUGCAACUAUGUCCGGUUUAAUAUAGUUUUAAGCAAUUUCUUAUUGAUUUUUCUUUACAUAUAAAAUUCAUUUUGAAAGGGAACAACUUUGUAGGGUUAUUUUAUGUGUCAAAUCGUAUUGGACAUUACAGACAGGUAGAAUGCUGGUAAAGAUGUUGUAAGUUUACUAAAUAUUCUGUAGUUUGGUUAUAUAUUCUUAAACCUUAAUAGGUUAAGUCCAUAAAAGCACUUGCUGGCUUAGUGUUUCGGGACAAUUAUUGUUGCCAUAUCGUCAAAUUGUACGUCAAACUUCUCAGAAAUAAUCCAACUGUUAGUCCAUAAUAAUUAUGUCUGUGUUGAUACAAAGAAGAAUACUGGAGGGUUCUUCCAACAUUUUAAAUGAUUUGGUCGUUAACAAAAUGCUGUUCAAAUGGACAUGCUUGUCAAGUGAAAAUAAGCAUUUUUCGUCACCUUAGAUUGUUGCCGCAUGUGGUUUUACAAAAAAAAAAAAAAAGAAAUAAAUAAAAUACGCAUUUUAGUGGGGUUUCCAAGGCUUAUUGAAAAUUCAUAAACCUGCGGACGGAACGACAUUACUCCAGCAUACAUUUCUUCACAACAAUAUUACCAUUUUUAGAAAUCAUAUCCGUGUGUGUUAGUGUUAAGAUUUAUAAAUCAUGCUUACAUUGGAACUGCUCCAUGAACUGUCAUACGUGUUAAAGUUACUGUGUUUUACGUACGUCACCUGUGAUAUAUACAGCGUAAUUUAGUGUUUUUCUUCAAUUUGUAUACCAAUAAAGUAUCAAGUAAAAGAUAA